AGGCGUUGUCUUCACAUCAGCUUUUACAGAAAUAGCAUUAAGCUGAAGGUGCAGAUACAGUAGAUCACGCGGGAGAAGACAGGCAUCCACCACCUCUGUUCAGUUUGUCCAUCAGUACAUCGAAAUGGGAAAGGAAAGGACCCACAUCAACAUCGUGGUCAUUGGCCAUGUCGACUCCGGCAAGUCCACGUCUACCGGCCACCUGAUCUACAAGUGCGGAGGAAUCGACAAGAGAACCAUCGAGAAGUUCGAGAAGGAAGCCGCUGAGAUGGGCAAGGGCUCCUUCAAGUAUGCCUGGGUGCUGGACAAACUGAAGGCCGAACGUGAGCGUGGUAUCACCAUUGACAUCGCUCUUUGGAAGUUUGAGACCAACAAGUACUACGUGACCAUCAUUGAUGCCCCUGGACACAGGGACUUCAUCAAGAACAUGAUCACUGGUACCUCUCAGGCUGACUGCGCCGUGCUGAUUGUGGCUGCUGGCGUUGGUGAGUUUGAGGCUGGUAUCUCCAAGAACGGCCAGACCCGUGAGCACGCCCUGCUGGCCUUCACACUAGGUGUGAAGCAGCUCAUUGUUGGAGUCAACAAGAUGGACUCCACUGAGCCCCCUUACAGCAAGGCCCGUUUUGAAGAGAUCCAGAAGGAAGUGAGCACCUACAUCAAGAAGAUCGGCUACAACCCCAAAGCUGUUCCCUUUGUACCCAUCUCUGGGUGGAACGGAGACAACAUGCUGGAGGCCAGUGAAAAGAUGUCCUGGUUCAAGGGUUGGUUGAUUGAACGUAAGGAUGGCAAUAUCAGUGGUAAGACCCUGUUUGACGCUCUUGAUGCCAUCGUGCCUCCCUCCCGCCCCACUGAAAAGGCCUUGCGCCUGCCCCUGCAGGAUGUCUAUAAGAUUGGUGGUAUUGGAACUGUCCCCGUCGGCCGUGUUGAGACUGGUGUCCUGAAGCCCGGUACGGUCGUCACCUUUGCUCCGUGCAACCUGACCACUGAGGUGAAGUCUGUGGAGAUGCACCACGAGUCUCUCUCUGAAGCUUGCCCUGGUGACAACGUGGGCUUCAACGUCAAGAAUGUAUCCGUCAAGGAGAUCCGCCGUGGAAACGUGGCCGGUGACAGCAAGAACGACCCACCAAAGAGAUGUGAAACUUUCACUGCCCAGGUCAUCGUCCUGAACCACCCCGGUCAGAUCUGUGCUGGCUAUGCCCCCGUGCUGGACUGCCACACCGCUCACAUUGCCUGCAAGUUCACCGAGCUCAAGGAGAAGAUCGACCGUCGUUCAGGCAAGACGCUUGAGGAUAACCCCAAGUUUGUCAAAUCUGGAGACGCCGCCAUUGUCAUAAUGCUUCCACAGAAGCCCAUGGUUGUUGAGAAGUUCUCUGAUUAUGCUCCACUGGGCCGCUUUGCUGUGCGUGACAUGAGGCAGACUGUGGCUGUUGGUGUUAUUAAGGACGUCCAAAAGUGUGAUUGUGUUGCUGGAAAGGUCACUAAGGCUGCACAAAAGGCAGAGAAGAAGAAAUGAAUUCUCAUGCAGGGCUUCCAACAAAGAUUGACAUUUCAGCAAUCAUCCCCUCUAUAUCCCAACGCUGUCUUGUGGCUUAGGAUGAUAAAAAGCCACCGGAAAAGUUUCCGCCGGAAAGGAAGCUUUCUGCCUUUU